AACAAAAUCAUCGAAACUUGGUUGUUGAAAGCGGUAACUAGGAAUUGGGCACCACAAGUCUUUAAAAAAAGCAAACCUUUUCUUUUUCCUGGUUGGUCUGCUGUAAUAUAAUAAUAAAGUUUGGGUUUAUAGUUCUUGACUUGUUUUGUCAAAAUCCUGAAUUCCCAAAUAUAUUAAUCAGAGAGAGAGAGAAAAAGGGGAGAAUAUUAACAACACUACUACGAGAGUCUACAAGUCGACGACUCUGAUCAAUUUGUUCUUCAUCUAAUUCCUUAUUCUCAGGGAAAUCGAGGGUUUUUAAAUUCAUAGUCUCUCUCUCUUUAGGUUCGUUGGCCCUCUCAAAUCAGAAAAGUAUCAACCUUUUUUAAAUUCAUUCCCCUUGGAUCGUACUUUUUUUCAUCGCUGAUUUGUUCUCAAAAGGGAAUCUAUACUUUUUCAUUACCAUUGCCUUUGGUCUUUCUCCGUUUCCUCAAUCUAUGCUUCUUUGAUUCUCUUUAAGAGGAUUUUGUAAUACUUUUAUUCUGACGAAAACCUUUUCUCUGGGGUUUGUCUUUCUUCUAAUCCAGAAAGAAACCAAACCAGUUCUCUGCGCUCAAAGUUUGUAGCUUUUAUCCCAUCUGGGCACACACCAAAUGGGAUAAAUCGAGACAAAGAGGUGUAAAGCAAUUCUCCAUUGAUGAUCAACUGUUUCAAAGACUCAAUACAUGUUUUGAUGACUGUUUUGCUAUCCACUAAUGACGAUGAUGAUGAUCAUGAAGAGGCUGUUAAUCAUGUGGAUGGUCAUAGGAAUCAUGAGGUUAGAGAAGAAGUAGAUGCAAAGGAAUACGAAGGUCAAAGUGGUGGUGUCACCACUCUCACUUUGAAAAGUAGUCUUAGAAAGGCGGAUUCAAAUUCAACAGAAGCUGGGAAGAAGGAGAAGAAGAAGGUACAAUGGGUGGAUGUCACAGGGAAGGAACUUGCUGAGAUUCGAGAAUUCGAACCUAGUGAAGAAGAUAAUAUUGAUUCUGAUCGGGGAAAAACCUGUGUUUGUGUAAUCCUGUGAUCCCUCCACUUUAGUUUAACUGGGAGAUCUAAGGCAGAAAAAGACAAAGUUGGUGGCUUCAGCAUUAAAAUUUCAUAUACAUGGAGGUACAUAUAGAAUCUGCAUUUGUGUUCUGAAGCCAAUCUUAAGUUUGUGCGGUUGAAGCCAUAUGAUGAUUCCUGAUUUAACACGGACGGAAGCAUUCUUUUUCUUCUUCUUCUGUAGAAGUGUUUAAAGUAUAGGUCUUUAACUUCAUUUGUUUCUUCAUUCAUCUAAUGAAGUUCUUUCUCAUUCAUAUUGUGGAGCAAGUAAAUUUAAUAAUCGCUAUGUGCAUAAUAUCUUGUUCUGUGGUUUAGUUCAAAUGAAUCUGACAUCACUAUGUUGGAUCAAUGUCUAAGUUACAACUUGCUUCAAUCUGAGAGAAAACUGCCGCUUGUUGUCUUACACACAGCCCUUAUUUGUACGUUCA